GGGGGUCCUGGGGAUCACGAAAGGCUUGAGGAUGGGGCCGCUUGGGGGAGGGGGAGGAGGCAGCCUGGCUGGGGACAAGUGGGGGACCCAGCCGGGCUGGGCCCCAAAUCUACAAUACGGUUUGCUAUAAAACUCAAAAUCUUACAUCCGGGGCCGCUGAGUUCCUGUGUGUGUGUGCGGCGUCUGUGGGCGGGGAUGGGGUGCGGAUGAUCGCAGUGCUCACCCUUUGGGACUCUCUGAGGGAGGAGCUGUUUGGAUGGAUCAGAGAGCCUUGGACCUCCUUGGGCUUUCCGGAACUGAGUAUGCAGGGCGCCCUGCGGUCCCCACAGACGAAUGGGCUCACCUUCCGCAAGUUCACAAUUUAUGGGGUUGGAGCUGAGUGUGUCCAGGUGCACUUGGAGUGAUCCAAGGCCCAGGAACUCCCAGUUCCUGGCUGGGACUCCUGGAUGACAUUUUGGGUGCACUGGGGUCGUGGGGUCCUUCAGGAUUUCUGCCUGCGGCCCCCCAGCUCCACCCCAUCAUGUGGCUGCCCCGACUCCGCCUCCGCCCCAGUUCCUGUUUAGGCCUCUGCUGUCCCACUUCGGCCCCUAGGGCUCCCUACAGACGUCUCUUCCUGCUCCGCCUGGGCCGCCUGUUCCUGGGCGCCCGCUGCUCGCAUCUCCGCAUCUUGGUCGGUUCUGUCGGGGGAUGGGGUCUCCCCCUGGCCCGGGCUGGCCCUCCUGGAGACCCCGAGGCCACUUAGCACCACGGUGACCUCCCAAUCUGUCUGGUGCUGCAGCCCCCAGGAUGAAGGGCGGCGAGGGGGACGUGGGUGAACAGGCCCCGCUCAACCCAGAGGCCGAGAGCCCUGCAGGCUCCGCCACAUACCGAGAAUUCGUGCAUCGCGGUUACUUGGACCUUAUGGGGGCCAGUCAGCACUCGCUGCGGGCGCUCAGCUGGCGCCGCCUCUAUCUCAGCCGGGCCAAGCUCAAAGCCUCCAGCCGCACGUCUGCCCUGCUCUCGGGCUUCGCCAUGGUGGCCAUGGUGGAGGUACAACUGGAGAGCAACCACGAAUACCCGCCAGGCCUGCUGGUGGCUUUUAGUGCCUGUACCACCAUACUAGUGGCUGUACACCUCUUUGCACUCAUGGUCUCCACGUGUCUUCUGCCCCACAUUGAAGCCGUUAGCAACAUCCACAACCUCAACUCUGUCCACCAGUCUCCACACCAGCGACUCCACCGCUAUGUGGAGCUGGCCUGGGGCUUCUCCACUGCCUUGGGCACCUUCCUCUUUCUUGCUGAAGUUGUUCUGGUUGGCUGGGUCAAGUUUGUGCCCAUUGGAGCCCCUUUAGGCACGCCAGCCCCCAUGGUCCCUGCCUCCCAGGUGCCUGGGACUCUGUCACCAGUGGCUACCUCCCUUAGUCCAGCUUCUAAGCCACCCUCUUCUUCUGUAGCCCCUCCACAGGCUGAGCCACCUGAGGCCUGCUCAUCCUGGCAAGCAUGUGGUGGUGGUGGGGCCCAUGGACCAGGCUGGCAAGCAGCCAUGGCCUCCACAGCAAUUAUGGUACCCGUGGGACUUGUGUUCGUGGCCUUUGCUCUGCAUUUCUACCGCUCCUUGGUGGCACACAAGACAGACCGCCACAAGCAGGAGCUAGAGGAGCUGAGUCGCCUGCAGGGGGAGCUGCAGGCUGUGUGAGACUUGUGUUAGCCACCGCGGAAAAGCACUGCCUCCCUCAGGGGUCAGCCACAGACCCCAGGUCUCCAGACCACUUCCCUGACCCUGCCUAGAGCCAUUUCCUGUGGCUACUCUCAGGUAGAGACCAGAUUCCUGCCCUCAGGGUCUUUUGGGCUGGGCCUUGGGGCAGGAAUUCCAAGAGAUUCUCCCUGUCAGCCUGUCCCAUGGGUUUUGUAAAUUCUGUAUACCAGGGCUUGGAGGAGCAAGGGAGAAAAUGGAAGGUCCUCAGUCUAAGGCUCAUGUGGUAGGUGGAGGGGAGGCAGAGAGACCCCGGUCAGACCUUUGGUGCUGAUCCUUAGCCACUUGCACCUAUAUAGGAUGUUGAGGUCAGGUUACAUACCCAUCCAACUGCCCCAAAAGGCAGCCAACUCUUGCUUUAUUUUUGUAGAAUCUAUUUUAUGGUUGGCAUUUGUUGGGAAGCUUUUUCCUCAUCCUGAUUUUGAAGGGUUCCAUACUCUUAGUUGCUAUAGAGAAGGAUUUGCGUGUUUCUUCCCCCAGCAUAGGUCUAGUCUUUCCUAGGAGGAGCCUCCCUAUUUUUGGAGGUUCAAGUGCCUGUCCAACUUCUCUAGACCCACACUUAAUGCUUCUAUAUCUGGUUCUCAUUCUUCUCUGCCGGGUUGGGGGUCUUUAGAGACUUAGGGCCUGUGCGCCCAGCCCAACUGCCUGGCCAGUGUUGGGGUGAGGUUUUAAAAGGUCCUGUCCUAGCCCUUGAAAUACAGAGUUAUUCCGACACUGAAUUUUUGAUGCACCUUGUUUUGUAUAAUAAAUUCUUUCACAGA